AUGAUAAACAUUGUCAACAAAUUUCUGGCAGAAAGAACGUUCCAGGUCAACGUAGAGGGGCAUUUGUCGCCAGCACAUCCGCUGGAAAACGGUGUACCACAGGGCUCAGUGCUCUCUGUUACACUAUUUCUCAUGGCUAUCCAACCCAUCUUCCGUGUCGUUCCGAAUUCCGUACAAGUGUUGCUGUACGCCGACGAUAUCCUGCUCCUUGUAUGGGGGAAGAAAGACCAGUCGCUCCACCGAAAACUUCAGGCCGCAGUGAAAGCCGUCGUUAAAUGGCCGAGAAGUAGCCCUAACGUAUGUCGUGAACCCAUGCAGGCGAUAAAUGUAGAUGGUGUAGCCGUUCCGACACAAAAGCUGCUGAGAACCCUCGGUGUUACUCUCGACCGAUCGCUCAACUUUAAAGCGCAUUGCAAAAUGACGAAGAAGACGUGCGAAUCCAGGCUGCGUAUCUUGAAGAUGAUCGGCGCCAAGCUACCCCGUGGUCAACACUCAUCUUUACUGCAAAUUGGAUCCGCAAUUAUUACUUCGCGGCUUUUGUAUGGCAUAGGGCACGUUAGUAGGGGUGGAGAUGCUGUCAUCAAAACCCUGGCACCCGCAUACAACAAGAUGAUUAGAUAUGCAUCUGGAGCAUACGUGACCAGUCCGAUAAUAGCCAUUAUGGCUGAAGCAGGUACUCUACCGUUAGAUCUCCUCAUUCUCGAAACUGUAGCCCAAUUAGCCAUGAGAAUGUUGGGAAACAGCAGGGAGAAUGCUGACCUUCCUCUGGUUUGCCGAGCUACCGAAUGUUUGACAGAAAUAGUCGGAACUCCUCUCCCAAACAUCUACACCCGAACGCGACUAUCUGAUCGAAAGUGGUACGAUCGCAUACCCCAGAUCCUUUGGGAAAUCAAGAAGUGUGUAAAAGCUGGAGACCCCUCGGGUAUUGUUCGUCCACUUGUUCAAGAGCUCCUGACAAAUCAUCUCAGCCGUUCAACAAUCGUCUACACUGAUGGCUCGAAAGACGAUACCACAGUAGGCGCAGCAGUAUUUGGAGAACACUUCCAACAGUCACUUGGUCUUCCACAGCAAUGCAGUGUCUUCUCAGCAGAGGCUUUUUCAAUAAAAACAGCGCUAACAACAUUCAACACGGUCAGCGACUUAGUGAUAAUGUCCGAUUCGGCCAGCUGUAUAUCGGCAAUCGAAGUCGGCACAUCUCAGCACCCGUGGAUCCAGGAAAUUGAAAACCUGCUACGAAAUCGUUCAAUCAAGCUUUGCUGGAUUCCAGGUCACGCUGGCAUCCGUGGGAACGAGGAAGCUGACAGACUCGCAGGAGAAGCGAGGAACAUUUCUCCAUUAGCUAUAUCUGUUCCGGGGGCAGACGCCGCCAAACACAUCAAAACAGCUAUCCGCAACCAAUGGUACCGUCGGUGGUCAGCGUCCACCGAAAUCAAACUGCGUGAAAUCAAAUUUGACACGGUGAAGUGGACUGACCGUGAGAUUUCGGCAGAUCAGCGAACUCUCACAAGACUGCGAAUAGGGCAUACUAGUUUAACGCACGAGUUCUUGCUGAAGAGGACCUCUCCACCAGUAUGCGGCUGCUGUGGAGUCACCUUAGACGUUCGUCAUGUGAUCCUUCACUGCAGGUUAUACGACGAAGCGAGGAAAAAGCACGACAUCGAGCCGACGAGUUUACGAGCAGCGUUAUGCAACGACAACAACAGCGAGCAGAAAGUUUUAAACUUCCUUAAUGAAGCAAACUUGUAUAAAAAAAAUUUGAAGAAAAACUGA